UGGAUGUCUGGGAAGAUAAGGAGUAGAUGCAAUUUCCCCGUAUGACGUCUGACGUGCGGCGCAUGAUAACGUUGUAGUGAAGCAGGUAGCCGAGGUGGCGUGCCGCUGGCCAAAAGGCAACCGCAGGAGAUGUACAUAUCGAUCCCUGGAGGUUCCCGAGCCGAGCCGAGAUCCCUAUCCCAUCCUGCACCCCCAAAACAUUUGCUGCAUACCCCUGCCUCAAAGAAAAGAAAGCAAAAUCUUUUCGUGUGCCCUCAAGAAAAGGCUUGGAAUGUGUGGGCGGCUACGCCACCAUUGCUCACGGUCCCAGGGUUCCUACAGCAUAUAUGUUCAUGGAUCUCCUCACGGCCACAGACCUACCAAGCUCAGCGCCAUCAAGCCCAUGCGUGCACGAGAACACGCGCGGCGGCGAGGUCAGCGGUCAGCCCCUCAUCGACGCCACCGGCAAUGGCGGCGCCGGCGAGCAGGCAAGCACCGGCGGCGGCGGAGUACGUGGACCCCGUUUACGAGUGGCUCGACGACGGCGACAGCUACCUCCUCCGCCUCAAGCUCCCAGAGUUCAAGAAGGAGGAUUUGCGGGUGCACGUGGACGACGAGGGCCGGCUCACCGUCAUCGGCCAGCGCAGGCCCGCACCCGGCGCCGGCGGCGAGCAGGCCAAGGCGACGCGGCUUCACAAGGCGUUCCAGCUGCCCAACACCGCCAACCUUGGGGCCAUCUCCGGCCGCUUCGAUGGCACCGUGCUCACGCUCACAGUGCCCAAGCUGCAGCAGGAGCAACCACCCGCCGCGACGCCGCUGCCUCCUCCAUCGACGACGCAGGCCAAGGAGGAGGAGGCGCAGCAAGUCGCCGACGGUGGUAAGCCUCAAGCUGAUCAGGAGGACAUGGCGGGGAGGGCGAGCCUGGCGGCGACAGGCAAAGAGGAAGACGACAAGGCCAAGCCCGUGGCGCCGCCGCCCCCGGCGCAGCAGCAGCAACCGAGGGAGGAGGAGAAGGUGGAGAGGGGCGGAGACCGUCGAGAGGAUCAGGACGAGAAGGCGAGGGCCGAGCACAGGGAGAAGGUGUCCCGCGAGGCCGCGCGCAGGGUCGAGGCGGCGCGGGCGAGGGUGGCGGAGGCCAAGGCGAAGGCGGAGCGGGAGAGGCAGUGCGAGCACUGGAAGGAGCGCGCGGUGGAGGAGGGGCUCAAGCUGGCGGACGCCGUCAGCAAGAACAAGGAGGUUAUCGCCGCGGCCGUCGCCGGGAUCGCGCUCGGCGUCUUCGUCUCCCACAAGCUCUUCUCCAGGAGUUGAUCCAUGUGCAUCAACCCAUCCAUGAAUGGAUGAUCAGACGACAGAGAGAUCGAGCGCGUCGGCUAAAUCAUUUACGUCUUACGUGCAGGGCUUCAAUUCAAGCCUUCUUCAGCGCACAUUGUCGAUUGUACUAGUAUAUACAGAGAACAAAAGUGUACGUAGCACCGUUGUACAUACAAACAAAUUGUAAUCGUGGCAAGGUUGAGAGUUGAGACAGAUACUGAUGACCGACCAACCAAUGUACGGGUUUACACUGAA